UGCAGCGCCAACCAACCAAUGCAACGCCUAUUUUUGGCGGCGGCGCGUAUGGUUCGGCGGCAACCAAGCAAAUAGCAAUUUCUUUUUGUUCCAUCUGUGAUUAUGUUAUGCAGCGGCUCACGUAGAGGUUUGGCGUCGCCUUGGCUGCUAAGCUCGUAGCUAGCCGCCAUACUCUACCUGCGUAUGCCCUCUUCCUUUCUCACAUUUCCUUUCUUUCUCUUCUUUUUCUAUACAUUUCUUUUUCUGUCACAUCCAUUGCUUUGUUCUUGUCGUGGUGAUCCGCAGGACGCAUUCAUUCAUUCAUUCUGUCCUGCUCGCCUGACCCGUUCCUUUCCUUUGUCCGUAUCACGAACAUAACGACCAGCAUUCACCGCCACCACAACAACAAUUAAUCACGCUGUUAAAACAUCACAGCGAAUUCCGUAACGAGUUUCAUUAUCUGUCAACGUCUCCUUCGUCUUCUCCAGCGCAGGCCGCAACACACACACACUCUAUCUCAACACCAUCCACUUACAACUGCCAAGAUCACCACUUUCACCAUGAGACUCACCACCGCCACUUUCCUCGCCGCUCUGGCGUCCACGGCGGCCGCAAUCCCCGCCUUCCAGAUUCAAGCAUCCGAAACAUGCGCAGCACAAGGUCUCGAAGGAUGUCCAGCCGGUCUCCCAUCCACAUUCUGCUGCGCAAAGGGCUAUAGCUGCCACGCCCUCGCCGGCAACUCAACCGCCCUCUGCUGCCCUUCAGGCCAGGACUGCGCCGCCAUCCUCGCAAUCACCUGCGACAUCACCCAGCAAGACGUAAGCCUGCACGGCGACGCCCCCAUCAAGACCGUCGCCCUCGAUGCCACACUUACAAAGUGCGGCCCCGACGCCUGCUGCCCAUUCGGCUACUCCUGCGCCAACAAGGACGGCGACGCAAGCUGCAUCCUGAACAAGGACCAAUCGACCGCUCCCGACUCCAAGCUCAUGCCGACGAAGUUCUCCUCCGCGCCGCCAACCUCAUCCCCUACAUCCCCCGCUACCAGCAGCACCGACAACCCAGCCGCCGCAACCUCCGCACCGCCUAUCCAAGGCGGCAUCGCCAACCCAGAGCUCGUCUCCAUCAUUGGCGGCGCAGCCGGCGGCGUCUUCCUCCUCAUCGUCAUCACCACCCUCGCAUGCUGCUGCAUCCGACGCCGCCGUCGCCGCCGCCAACAGGCCGGCCCUCGCAACGACAUCAGCUAUCCCAUCCCCCAGCCCGCCGCUAGCAUCCACACCGACUUCUACGAGACUAAGGAGCUCCCCGGGUCGUCGUCCAACUCGGUAGCUGGCCUCCGCAGCCCCGGCAUGCAGUCGUCCAUCAGCCAGCAGCCCAUCAACAGGCACUACGCCAGUCCUGUCCCCGAGCUCGACGACCACCGCAGCCAGUUCCGGGACCCGGAGGACGACCCUCGCAACCCCUUUGGCCAGCGCUACUCGUACGCAGAUACUCGUCGCGGCUCUGGUAGCAAUCAGUCGGCUGAUGAGCUGCGCACGGGUCAAGUUGGUGCUGCGAGGGUUGCGCCCAUUCGCCAGAUGAAGGCGUCGAGCAUUAUCUCGCGCAAGGCUGUGCCGUCGGCAAUCCACCGUGAGCCAAGUACGGAGAGUAUCGAGAUUGGUGUGUCGGCAGAGACCUUGACGGUCCCUAAUAGCUUGCGUGUCCCGGGGAGCGGUACUCUUAACAGGAGCGAGUUCUACUCUAGUGAACGCAACACGACCAUGUCGGGCAUGAUGGAGGAGGCUGGUCUGAGAGACGUGGCGCAUGGAAAAGCCUAUGUUCCUCAGUAGAUGGAUAGAUAAGACGCGCAAGGAUUACAGAACUACUUUCACGUUUUUGACAUGAUGGAUGGAGGACGACUACGUACAUCAUUCCAUCUGGAUAGACCUUUUGCAUUUGAACAUUGGCGCAUUAGUUUCGCCUUGGCGUAAUAAUAUAUACAAGUUUGUUUGUUUUUGGCUUCAAAUCACAAGUUCCUGAUAAUUUUGGUGCAACGUGUAAAGAUGUGAAAAACAGAAGACUAUAAGUGGUAUUAUGUUCAGCCAGCUAAGCUCAAGGCGCUGUACGCCAGUAUAGGUAAAAUACACGCUAGAUAAUGCAAUGAUAUAAAAAAAGACGUUCGUGCAAAUGUUUUCUGUCAGUUUACAUGACCACACACUUCUUGUCCUUUGGUGCUGUUGUUGGCGACACAUCUGCCCAAUCGUGAUCCUCAGAGCCAGCAACUGCCUUGCCCUUCUUCGACUUCGGCCGCCAGCCCUUCUUACGUGCGUCGUGCAUGUUCUUAGCCGCGCUGCGCUCUGCUCUGCUGGGCUUUCGGCUCACACCUAAGGAUUGGCGGCUUCCUGUUGGCGGCGAAGAGAGCCAAGCGGGAACCAAACUGCCUCGUCGCUCGGAUUGCUGCCGUUGUUCCUGAGAGGCCGCCACGUCCGCUGCAGAGUAGAUAGGCUGUACAACUGUUGACCUUUGUCCGGGAUUGAAGGGAAUAUUGGCACGCGGUCGGCGUGGAACUGGGGCUAGCAUAGCAUCUCCUGUUGAUGACGCCAUCCGUCCCUUUUCAGAGUCGUAUGCUCCAGAGACGCCACUCGGAGUACUAAUAAUCAGAGGUCGGUCUUCGUUGGGAUUUAGUGUCGGUUCAUCCUCCAAGGUUCCGCUGGGUGAUGUGACAUAGUUGGCUGCGUGCCAAGCUGCAAUCGUCUCAGAAGGACCUACAUGCCACUGCGAUGAUGAUUGGUAAGCCUGGCUCCGUGGGCUGAGCCCUAAUGUGGAAUGUCUGUUGAGGCGGGCAAGCUGUUCAGAACUAGGUGCUGGCGGUAGUGAUGCAGCAGUAUCAUCCACGACAGCUCUACCACCAACAGGGGAUAUCGGGUUCGUUGAGCCAGUUUGCGAGCCACUCGAGGAAGGUUGGGGAUUCUCCGGAGCCCGUGGCCAUGUCUGAGCAGUGGCUAAGCCGCGGAAAGGUCCCGAGAGGGUGCUGCCCAGAGGCGAGAUAUCGUUGGGUGAUAUAUCAACGUCUACUGACGGACGGACUGGCCGUCUCUUGAUCACAGGCUGGUUGCCUGAUGCCUGACGGCUAGAAGGCUGGCUCAUUGAUGCGUUGCUUGCUCGGCGAAGUAUGGGCAGACCACCGGUUGCGCUGGUUAGAACAGGAGACUCAGGCUGAUGUUGUUGCUGCUCCGUGUCAAUAACUGCGCUUGAAUCGGUAUCAGGGACAUCCACAGAUGUAGAGCCGCCGGCAAAGGGUUGAAAGGAUGCCUGCGCUAAUGAAGGACUAGACUUGGGUCGUGAAAAAUCCUCAGGGCGUGGACGGGCACUAUAGGUCGUGGAGUCGCUGCCUGUUCGUUGCCUUGAUUGUCGUCGCUGUAGGUAUGACGAGCUUGUAGAUGCCAGCGUGUUGGACCGUGUCAGCAUGGAGUUUGCUUGGAGUGGUGGUGACGCCAGCGGUGCUACAGCAGGGCCUCGCAAAAACGGUGGUAAAUCUCCAGGAUCAUCAGCUUGGUAAGGGGGCGGAGGAGGAACCCAGUUGUCUCCAUCUGCUGGAUGGGGAUGCUCACGACGACCAUCAGCACGUCUGUAUUCAAUGGGGCGGCCAUCAGCUGUGCGUGGAUUCCUUGCACGAUUCACCGCGGCGGCAGUAGCAGCGCGGCGAAGGGUCGUUGUAGAUCGUGGGCUAGCAUGCGCAUAAGGGGCGUCCAGAGCUUCCAUGGCAGCAAUAGAGAGCCCACCCUCAGCCUCCUCUUCUUCCUCAACAGCCGCGGGCUGUGAUAGAGGGUUCUGCCCCAUACGGCGCGGGAUAAGGGGAUCAUCUUCUGGUUCUUCUGGUAGUGGUACGGAGACUGUAGCGCUAGCAGUAGUAGCAGCUCGCAACAAUGGGUUGUUGUUUCGGCGUUGUGCCACAGUACGGCGCCGGACAAUGGCAACUUCGGUUUCCAGGUCUCGCUUCUCUUCUUCGAGAGAUUCAGCCUCAUCGGACCCUAACUCGAUGGAAAUUUCGCGGCGUUGACCAUCUGAAAAGCCAAAGUCAAAGUCAAUGAGGACGAUUCGGCCGCCGUCCACAAAGUCCAUGUCUUCUUCAUCAGUGGCCAGAACGGGGCCAGAAACCCCGCGGGCAGUAGCAAUCAAUCGCUCCUUGAGCGACGAUCCACCGUAGCCUUCCACCCAGUUAAGGUUACUUAGACCAGGCAACUCUGAAACCUUGCAGCCGGUAACAAUGUUGUUACGCUGUUUGUCGCACAGGACUUGCCACUGAGGCAUUCUGUUUCCCGGUUCAGGUGCGUUUCUGCUUCUAGAAGAGCUGUUACGUGAUAUAUUGCUGUGCUGGCUGCUAUGUCGUCCAAGAGCAGCAGACACACUUAGAUGGUCACCAUUGGAUGCAGCACCGCCAGGAAUGGCAUCCAGGUCUUCAGGGAUGCCGUAAAUCCAGACCUCUUUGCCAUCAAAGCCCGCAGCAGCAAGCUGUUUCUGAUAUGUGGUUGCCGGAAGAGUGCAAGGAAGCAAGGUAGCUGUGGAUGCAUCCUUUGGUUCCGGCCCGGUAAAGUACGUAGUGCCGUUGCGUAAAUCUUCGAUGCGUAUCGCACGGAAGGCUUCAAAACUGCGGUCGUAAGUAAAGGCCCAGGUGGCCUCCUCAAAAGUGCCGUUCUGUAAGAGGACAGCGUGACUCGAAUCGUGGCUCGUAUUGGGAAAGAGAAUCGAUGUCGUCCACAUGGAUGCAAUGUUUCCUUCAGAAAGCAGGUUACCUGGGUCAAAGUAGGGCGCUGUAAUCACGACGGUACAAGGGGAGGUAGUAUGGACUGUUGUUCCAAGGAGUUGUGUUCCGUCAAAAGAAAAUGCUAGUGAAUCGACUGGAUCACACUUUACGGCUCGUCGGUCGGUGGGCAUGGCACCAGCAACAAGAGACGAGACCUCGAUGCCGUGGUCGUAUGCAAUGGCGAGAACCGAUCCGCAGGCAGACAGGGCAAUGGCACGGGGUUUUGUAUCGAGAAUCAUGGUAGGUUUCUUUUUACUUCGGCGGCAAACAGUCGCCUCAACUGAUCGAGAUUGCUUUGUUGUGAGGGGGGUAGAGAUAGAUGGCUGGCGGCGUAGGACGGGCACCGCCGUAAGUGAAGUUCGUAGAGGGACGGCUGGGACGAGGCCCUCCGCCAUUGUCGGUUUAAUAGAGUAAGACAAGCGAAGCCUUCAGGACCAGCAGACUUUAAAAUCCUAGAGAUAUGGUUAGCAAAUUGCGAUGGAGAGCUACCAACCUGCGCACGGAUGAUUUGGGGGCGCUGGUGGACAAACUGUUGGAUGAUUUCGUCGGGAAGCUGCUCAAAGGGAUCUACCAGCGGCGGCAGCUUUUCAUCGCGCGUCGACGGCGCUGCGAAUUCAUCUGAAGCCAUUCCGGCAGCUAUGAAGGGUUGAUAUUGCGAGGGUGGGCGGUGCUAUUCAUUGGCGAUGUUGGGGCGAACGAGGCUGUGCGAAGCUACGUCGUCGGGGUUGGAUGGGAACUUGCUGCGUGGUGCUAUGAAGACUGUCCCAUGGCCCGCGGAUGCUGGAAACGGGAUACUGAUGCGUCUGGCGUGUGUUAAAAUGUGCACAGAAGAAUAUUUGGUCGAAGCUGGAGACGGAUGAUGUUGUCAGCAGGCCAUGAAGAUGUUUGUGUUUGUGUGCAAGGGAAAAUGGUGAUGCGGCUGGAGAUGCAAGUUGGGAAAAGGUCAGGGCGGCCACGAAGCGUGAAAGCCGGGGGCGAUGUUCUUGGGGGCGCU